UUAUAGGCUCAGCGACGCUGGGAGUGAUUUUUACAGCGGGAUAUUUUGUGGGCAAACGCAAAUCUAAAUUCUUCAGAAUGGCGUCAGGUAAAAGUCACGUGGGAAGGAAAGAUGAUCCAGUGAUGCAGUACCUCCUCAAUCACUCGCUGAGGGAACAUCCAGCCCUCAAAAAACUGCGCCAGAAAACCAUGGAGCACAAGUUGAGCAUGAUCAUGGUGGCCUGUGAGCAGUCGCAGUUCAUGGCAAAUUUAGCCAGUUUAAUCAAGGUCAAGAAAGCCAUUGAAAUUGGUGUUUAUACGGGAUAUAACGCGUUGAGUAUCGCGCUCACCCUGCCUGCAGACGGGAAACUGAUCGCGUGCGACGUCAGUGAAGAAUACAUCAACAUCGGCAGACCCUUCUGGAAACUGGCCUGUGUUGAGCACAAAAUAGACGUGCGUCUGAAGCCAGCAUUGCAAACUCUUGACGAGCUUCUGGCCGCUGGUGAAGCAGACACGUUUGAUUUUGUCUUCAUUGACGCUGACAAAGUGAACUACGACGACUACUAUGAGAAAUCCCUGCAGCUGGUCAGGAAAGGAGGAAUAAUCGCUAUAGAUAACGUUUUGUGGAGCGGUCGAGUGGUGAACCCAGAAGAAGGCGACAUCGACUCCAUCAGCAUCGAUAAACUGAACAAGAAGCUCCAUCGAGACGUCAGAAUCCAGCUGAGCAUGUUAACAGUAGGCGAUGGGCUGACAUUAGCAUUCAAAAUAUGACUUUACCACCAGAACUGACUGAAGAAAACAUUUGUAAUCAUUGAUUUAGGUCAUUCAAUUAAGAAUAUGCAUUGUAAUAAUUAAAAGUUUUGUAUUAAAUUGUUCAUCUACUGAUUAUGAAAAUACGUUUCAAAUAUGUAUUUGUGGCAUAAAAGUUUUCAAUAAACAGUUACUGCACUGAAA